AUGUCGGUAGCAACAAUAAACAAUAUUCGAUUACAGUUAGGUCAUUGUGUUAUACCAAUAUUACUUGCGCUUGGUAAUUUUGGUAAUUUAUUUACAACAUGGAUAUUAAUACGCACAGUGAAGCAACGAGCUAAUUCAUGUGCACUUUAUUUACUUUGUGCAGCACUUGCUAAUUGGUUUGUUAUUAACACUGUGCUUAUUUCAUCCUUGUAUGGUCUGGAUCAUAUUGAACCCAUACACAUAUCAAAUGUUUUAUGUAAAUUACGAUGGUAUGGAGCACAUGUCUUGUUUAUAGCAUCACGCAACUUCUUGAUCGCUGCAUGUAUUGAUCGAUGGGCACUUUGUUCACAAAAUAUUAAGAUUCAAUCAUUUUCUCAAUCGAAAAUAGCCCUUCGUAUCGUUUCUUCUAUUAUCAUAGGUUCGAUACUGAUGGCUAUUCCUUUACUCUUCUUUUUCAACAAUAGUUCAGGUUGUUGUGCAAUUAAUCCAUCAUAUAAUUUAGCUUACACAAGUUAUUCUCUUACGUUCAUUGCAAUUCUUCCUCCAUUAUUGAUGAUUUUAUUUAGUUUUCUUGCUCGACACAAUUUAACAAUGAUUCGUUCGCGUGUAAAACCUAUUGAUGGCGACAAAACUCGUGAUAUUCAUAUACAUAAACGUGAUCAUGACUUGAUCAAAAUGUUAUUUGGUGAAGUAGUGAUGUUUUGUUUAACAACAUGUCCAUUUCCAUGCAUUACAUUAUAUAACUUUUUAACAGUUCCAAUUACAUCAAAUAAAACUCCAAUACGGGUGGCUAUUGAAUCAUUUAUUAACUUUAUUAUUCAACCUUUAUUAAACUAUACUUACUGUUGUACUCAAUUCUACGGUGGUAUAUUUUAUCUUUUAGUUGUUAUAUCUGAUAAUGAGAUCAUUAUUUUCUAUGGAAAUCAAUUCGUAAAAAUAUUAAGUAAAAACUAUACUGUUAUAGUUUCGUUAAUAGGUACAACAUCUCUUGCAAUAUAUAUUAUCGUAUUAAUACGCAAUUGGGUUUUACCCGAUGAUACAUCGCAACCGUCAAAUGUAACAUUUGUUUAUGGAGUUCAUUCAACUAGCAAUAAGCUUAAUGUAGAGAAUUUGGACAGUCUUUUUCAUCAGGUCAAGGGAUGA